GCUUCCGUGCUAGCCGGGUUCAAAGGUCGUGUUUUUAGAGGUGGCGGAAGAGCAAUAGCCAGAAAGGGGGCCAGCUGGCUUUGUCAAAAAUCAAUAUUAAACUAUCAUGUUCUGGAUUGUCUACUUUCAACAACAGCAUCAAAACUACCCUCCUGUGCUGCUGUUUCUUACUGAAUGGGAGGAGACCUUCAAUGUGCCCCAGUAGUCCAAAAAUGAGAGUGUCUCACAAAGAACACCUUGCUGCUAGGCCUCUACUGGUAGCAAGUUUUUUAGAAUGGCUUCUUUUGGGUGGAAGAGGAAGAUUGGUGAGAAGGUUUCAAAGGCUACUUCCCAACAAUUUGAAGCUGAAGCUGCUGAUGACAAAGGUCUGGUUGAUAAUGGUGAUGUUGACUGGCUCCAUGCCACUAAGAGAAGAAAGGAGAUUCUGUUGGAAGACUGCAUGGAAAAAAGUAAACAACUAAAAGAAGAAGGUGCACUUUUGGCAGAAAAUAGGAGGUACUGGGAAGCUGUUCACAAAUGGGAUGAAGCACUUCAGUUAACUCCAGAAGAUGCUACACUUUAUGAAAUGAAAUCACAGGUCUUGAUGGCUCUACAUGAGAUGUUCCCAGCAGUGCAUGCAGCAGAAAUGGCCAUCCAGCGAAAUCCGCAUUCUUGGGAGGCAUGGCAGACUUUGGGACGUGCUCAGCUUGGAUUAGGAGAAAUAGGACUGGCAAUUCGCAGCUUUCAGGUGGCCUUGCACAUCUAUCCAGUGAGCCCUGAACUAUGGAAGGAGGACCUUUCCUGGGCAAGAAAGCUGCAUGAACAACAAAAUAAAGCAACAAAAACUAAGACAGCAGAGGCUGAGGCAAAAGAAGCAGAUGUUGCUCAUGAAUCAAUCCCAGACUAUGACUUUGAAAGCGAUGAGAUUGUGGCAGUUUGUGCAGCUAUCGCGGAGAAGGAGAAGACUGUUUCAGCAACUAAAACAGUGGUGAUUGUGUCUGCUUCUGGCACAGUAGAGACCGUAACUGAGAAGGAGGAAUGUUCUACAACCCCCGAUGAAACUGCUUUUAUUAGAGCCCGGUAGUACAGCAUAAUCUUUUGCUAGUAUUCUUUUGAAAUGUAACGUUUAUUAAGUGUGGGAUGAAUUUUUUUAGCAGCAGUGUAACAGGGUAAAAUAGAAGGGGUCAUUAUUUCUGAAAUAGCUUUUUCAGAGAAAAGAUUUUUAAAAGAAAUUGUGAAAAGAACAGAAAGAACAGAUACACAGACCUGAAUGCCUGCUGCAACCAUACUAUCAACUAGGUGUUGAUAUUAAAACUCAUAUUGUAAGAUUGCACUAUCAUUUGAAAACCUUGACUACGUUAUCAAAACUGCUUUCAUUCAACUCCAUUUCUUAAUUGCACAGAUGAAACAACAUCUGCUGUUUCUCCUGUAAUUAAUUGUCAGUUAUUUAAAAAACAACUGGAAAAGAGCAAGUUGAUAUAAGUCUUACAGCUCAAACUUGUUAAUAAUUAACAUUAUAAAUGUUGAAGAUGGUGAAGUGAGCAAUAAUGUCUUCUUGCAUGAAGGAGCACCUAGCGCAAUUUUUGAGACUGUGUUUUAUUCCCAAAUUUGACAUCUGAUGGAACGAACCUUAUUGUAAUGUUGUACAUUGUGUUGUAUUUUGCAUGCUUAGGUCUUGGACUUCUCCAUAUUGUAAAUAAAGUGGGGACUUUCCUGCCA